UUGGAAAUUUCCCUCGGCGGGAAUGGCUUGCUCUCUCUUAUGCAAGACAUGCCACCAUAGCCAACACUAGAGAAGACUCUCUACAUGAAUGGAUGCUUUCCCGCCGUCCUUAGAAAAUGCAGCCUAGAACAGAAGCGCUCCCUGCUUCUUUCCCUGUUGGAUUCGUGCAAGAGCGUGAGAGAGCUGAAGCAAAUCCAUGCCCAACUCACCACAGCAGGCCUCACCGGCGAUACAUUCGCAACCAGCAAGGUCGUCGCCUUCUUCUCUGCUUCAGCCUCCCGCUGCAUCGACUAUGCAAGGGCCGUCUUCAGAACGAUACGCAAUCCGAGCAUUUUCGCUUGGAAUUGCAUGAUCAGAAGCCUUGUUGCUGGGGACAACCCAAGGGAAGCCAUUAUUUUCUUCUCCCAGAUGCUGAAGGGCGGCUUUCAACCGAAUAAUUUCACCUUUCCUUUCGUUGUUAAGGCUUGUACUGACUCCUCGGCCGUUGAUUUUGGCAUCUCGGUGCAUGCCCACAUCGUGAAAUCUGGUCUUGAUCGUGAUGCAUACGUCCAAAGCUCUCUGAUCCAUAUGUACUCGCGCUCCAAUAGACUGGAAGAUGCCUACCGACUGUUUGCGGGUAGUUCUGACAGAGACGUCGUUUCGUGGAAUGCUAUGAUCGAUGGAUAUGUUCGGACUGGUGAUUUGACGGUUGCGAGUUCGUUAUUCGAUCAAAUGGUUUGUAAAGACGUUGUUUCAUGGAAUACCAUGAUCACUGGGUAUUCGAAUCUCGGGCGUCUGGAAGAUGCUCGCAAGCUGUUUGAUGAAAGUACAAGGAGAAACAUCGUUUCUUGGAACGCCAUGUUGACUGGUUACGCUAAGGCGGGUGACGUUGAAUCAGCACGCCACAUGUUUGACAAAAUGCCUCAACGAGACGUUGUUUCCUGGAAUGCGAUGAUUGCCUGCUAUUCUCAGUGCAACCGGUCAAUUGAGGCUUUGUUGUUAUUUGAUGAGAUGCGAGCAGUUUGUGUAAAUCCUACAGAAGCUACACUGGUUUGCAUCCUUUCAGCUUGUGCUGAUCUGGGCGCGCUUGAUCGAGGGAAGCGAUUGCAUUCCUUCCUUGAUGCCCACAGGAUUAAACUGAACACGGUUCUAGGCACCGCUCUAACUGACAUGUAUGCAAAAUGUGGGAGCAUAGAAGAAGCUAUUCAAGUGUUUCACUUAAUCCCCGAAAAGGAUGUUCUAUCUUGGAAUACAAUUAUAGCAGGAUUAGCCAUGCACGGCCAUGUAAAGAGAUGUUAUCAACUUUUCAUGGAGAUGAUUCAGUCAGGAAGUGAACCUGAUGAUAUUACCUUCGUUGCUAUGCUUAGCUCGUACAGCCACGCAGGUAUGGUCGAAGAGGGCCUUCGGCUGCUUGAUUGCAUGAGCAGUACGUUCAAUGUCACUCCUAAAGCCGAACACUAUGGAUGUGUGAUUGAUCUUCUUGGCCGUGCUGGUUUGCUUGAGAAGGCUAUGGAGCUCAUAAGUGGAAUGCCAAUGGAACCCAAUGCCGGUGCUUGGGGAGCAUUACUUGGUGCUUGUCGAAUCCAUGGGAAUGUGGAACUUGGCGAGCGGGUUGGCAAGCAUUUGAUUGCGCUAGAGCCUGAGCACAGCGGGAGAUACGUUCUGCUGUCAAACGUAUAUGCAUUUGCAAAAAGGUGGGAAGAUGCAAGGAAAGUGAGGAAGAUGAUGAAUACCAGAGGUGUGUCAAAGCCUCCUGGUUUUAGUUUCAUAGAGAUGAAGGGGAACGUUCAUCGCUUCAUUGCAGGCGAUAAAACACAUCCAGAAAAUGAAUUGAUUCAUCAGAUGUUACGUGAGAUCCACGAGAGAUUGAGAAGGGAAGAAGGGUAUGUUCCUGAUACAAAGCAAAUACUGUUCGAUUUAGAAGAAGAGGAAAGGGAGCAGGCUUUGUCGGUUCACAGUGAGAAAUUAGCCGUUGCAUUUGGGCUCAUUCACAGAGACACCGAAUCUGUGAUGCGCAUAGUAAAAAAUCUGCGGUUCUGCACUGAUUGUCAUAAUUUUAUGAAACUCGUUUCUAAGGUUUACAAGCAAGAGAUAGUCGCACGUGAUCGGAAUCGGUUCCACCAUUUCAUAAUGGGAUCAUGUUCUUGCGGGGACUACUGGUAGUUCGUAAGAGGCGCUAUCAGCUUCAUUCAUGGUUGUUAUAUGGAUAGGCAGAAGCCGGAGUUCUUUGCCGAGAUCGCGACACGCCAACACAGCUUUUGUUUGAUCAUGGCAAUCUUGACACGGGAAUUUGCGUCUGCGUGCCAAGUAUUUCUUGGUUCUUGCAUUUAAGUAACGAUUCGAAGCUCAUAUGAUUUCUGACGGUCGAUUCAGAUUUGGGCACCCGUUGUUUUAUGAUCGGUCACCCUGUAAGCAGCUUGGUUCAAGCAAGUACCUGCAGCUGCUGUCUGCCACCAAGUUUCAUUGAAAGGGCAUUUUUUAUGUACCAUCCACAGUUCUACUAUAUGUUUUUGUCAUCAUCAAAGGAAUCUAUUCGUCUAUUGGUAGUGAUCCAUGAAGAGAUUGGAUGGUGCUUUGCAUA